UAAUAUUCGUGGUCGGGAAGAUCUACAUCAGUCAUGAAUGAGCCAAGGACUAGUACCUACAACCAGCAUGAAGAUGACCUCUGCUUCAUUCCUAGUUCUUCCGAGAGAACUACUUAAGCCGAGCCAUGGGACGCCACCUGCUGUGACGUCUGGAGAAGAAGGAAUAGCCGGUGGCAAUGGCGGGUCGGCAACGUGCACCGGCAGCAGCUUCUUCAUAUUUGCAGCCGGUGAUGCCAGCGGUUCUGUUUCUAUGGGUCUUUAGCUGUCGGCAUGUGGAGGCAAGCAUUGAUUUUGCCAACAUGACUGCUCUUCAAAAGCACGUUGAAUUUUUCGACCGGAAUAAGGAUGGCAUUAUUACAGCUUCAGAGCUCUUUGAAGGAUAUGUUGCAAUUGGAUGUGAUGCCGUAUUUGCCAGAGGUACAGCCGCAUCCAUCAGUGCGGGUGUUGGUCCUAUAACAAGCCCUGAUGAUGCACCACUGCCUCAUUCAUCCAUAUACGUAGAGUAUAUCCAUAAAGCAAUGCAUGGAAGUGAUACAGGUGCAUACGACGCUAAAGGAAGGUUUGUUCCUGCAAAGUUUGAAGAAAUAUUCACAAAGCAUGCAAAGGUCAGACCAGAUGCACUAACGUUCGAGGAAAUUGAGGAGAUGAUUCUAGCAAAUCGAGAUCCAUUAGACCCUCAAUCAUGGUCUGCACCUGAAGGAGAAUGGGGACUGAUAUACAAGCUUGCAAGUGAUAAGCAAGGAUUUCUUCACAAGGACUCUGCAAGAGGCAUAUAUGAUGGCAGUGUGUUUUACAAGUUGGAGGAGCAGAGGACGUCUGCAAGAAGUGAUAUGUGAUGGAGUUCAUCAUUCAGUCAAAUGCAAUGAACAUAAUAAUAAACAUGUACAAAAGUGUAUUAGGCAAUUAAGAGAUUGCUAUUUGAAUCAAAUACUAUAUUGUACAGUAUUUGUUGUGAUUUUUGUGUUAGGUGUUCGAGUUCAAAGUAUCUUGGGUAUAUUGUAAAGUAUAUGAACUAGUAUCAUGGGUGUUUUCCACUAAAGAAUGAUAUAAUAAGCAUCCAAGUCGGCUUGGGUUCACUGAAAAAUGA